AUGGAGGCAAACUAUCUGCGACACAUGAGUCGGGAAAGAAGAGGCCAUAAACGUCAGCGAUUAUCUUCAACAGCUGAAUCAGAGAGGCAAGCAAGCAGUCAAAAUUUUGAAAUCUCACAUGAAAAUUCAAGAGGUUCUUCUUCUCAGGUUGCUGAUAAUGAGUAA